GCGGCUCCACCCACGCGGGCGGAGCCGGCAGCCGUGGACUUGGCCUGGGGCCGCCUCCGAGAUAAACCCCGGAACCUCGCCCAGCCGCGAGCCAGCGACGCGGCGCCCCCCGCAGACACCGCCUGGGCCGGCAGCGACGCUGCGUGCGCUCGGUCUCAGCCACAACAUGGCUUCUAACCUGAAGUCAGCCAAGGACUUGGUCGUUUUCUUAGGAAAAUCAGUGAUUGCGUUUCUGGAAUCUAUGGUUUUCACCAUCAUCCCCAAACCACGGAAGAACGUUGCUGGUGAAAUCGUGCUCAUCACUGGCGCCGGGAGCGGACUGGGAAGGCUCUUGGCCCUCAGAUUUGCCCGCCUUGGAUCGGUGCUGGUUCUCUGGGAUAUCAACAAGGAGGGGAACGAGGACACGUGCAGGAUGGCCCGGGAAGCCGGAGCCACAAGAGUUUAUGCCUACACUUGCGACUGCAGCCAAAGGGAAGACAUAUACAGAGUGGCCGAGCAGGUUAAAAAAGAAGUUGGCGAUAUCUCCAUCCUAAUCAACAAUGCCGGAAUCGUGACAGGCAAAAAUUUCCUCGACUGCCCAGAUGAGCUGAUGGAAAAAGCUUUAGAUGUGAAUUUCAAAGCACACUUAUGGACUUGUAAGUCCUUUCUACCUGCUAUGAUCGCUAAUAACCAUGGACAUUUGGUUUGCAUUUCAAGUUCAGCUGGAUUAGUUGGAAUAAGUAAACUGGCAGAUUACUGUGCAAGUAAAUUUGCAGCCCUUGGAUUUGCUGAAUCUAUAUUUGCAGAAACAGUAGUCCAGAAACUAAACGGCAUCAAAACCACUAUUGUAUGCCCAUUUUUUAUUAACACUGGCAUGUUUGAAGGUUGUUCAACUGUCCGUCCUUUUCUGUUACCAGUUCUGGAACCAGAAUAUGUAGUUGACAAGAUAGUAGAUGCCAUCCUGCAAGAGAAAGUGUACUUAUAUGUACCAAGGUUUAUAUCGUUUGUGAUGUUUUUGAAAAGUAUCCUGCCUGUCAAGGUAUCACUGCUUGUGGCUGACUAUAUGGGUGCCUUGAAUAUAAUGGAUGGCUUUGUUGGCAAGAACAAGAAAGAGUAGAGACCAACUCAGUGUCUGAUGUCAUCUGAUAGCCAGCAUUCCAUAAUUCUUAUUUCAAUGAAGAAAAGCAUUUUUGUCCAACAAUAUAUCUGGAAACUACAUGUACCAUUCUUUUUCUGCUCUCUGGACUAGUAUUUUCAACCAGUGCCUUUGAAAAUAAUGUUCGUAUCUGCUUUUUGGUUGGGUUUUGUUUUGUUUAAUUAAAAAAAAUAGCCUGCUUUUGUCA